UUUUUUUUUUACAGACUUCAUGAGUUAGUAGGACGUCUUCGGUGCUCACACCAUGUAACUGUUAACGUUACCUGUUAUUCCGUUUUACACAUACAGUCUAUGGUUUUACACAGCCUGAGCAAUCAUGUCAGUGAAGCAUUCCAAGCCCAACUUGAGCCAGUCUCAGGUGGUUGAGUUGGUGAAGAGACUCUUCAGGCUGACGCCAUCAGAAAUUCGCUCGCUGCCAAGCUACGAUGACCAGAACUUCUGUGUGACAGCAGUGGAGGGUGGCAAGUAUGUCCUGAAGAUAAUGAACUCAGAGGACAGUAAGAACCCCACCCUGUUUGAGGUGCAGACCUAUGCCAUGUCCUUUCUGCACCAAAAUGGACUUCCUGCCCAAACAGCCCUGCCCACCACCUCUGGACAGCUCAUGAGCCUGGAAGAAAUAGAUUGUGGCUACGGCUGUCAGAAGUAUCUGGUGCCUUUGACUUAUUUGCCUGGAACCACUAUUUCAAAGGCACCGUUAACACCACAGUUACUGUUUGAAACUGGCAAGACAGCAGCCCGAAUGGACAAAAUCCUACAAGAGAUGGAGCACCCUCAUCUAAGCGUGCUGCAGAGAGAGAAGUUCAUAUGGAGUCUGUCAAAUGUUCCCCUCUUGGAAGCAUACAUCAAUUUAUUUGAUGGAGAUCCUCUUCAUGAGGUCGUGAAUUCUGUCAUUCAUCAGUACAAGACCUCUGUGAUCCCCAAGCGCUCCGAUUUCCGCAAGUGCGUUAAUCACGGUGACUUCAAUGACCUCAAUGUGCUUGUCCAACCUGAUGAGAGUGACAGCCACAGGAUUUCUGGCAUCCUUGACUUUGGUGACAUGAACAGUGGCUACUAUAUCCAUGAGCUAGCCAUCGCUAUCACGUACAUGAUGAUGGAGCACCCUAAACCCAUAGAGGUGGGUGGACCUCUCCUCGCGGGCUGGGAAAGUGUCCUUCCCCUCAAUGACGCAGAGAGAGACUGUCUCUAUGUGCUGGUGCUGUCCCGCUUCUGCCAGUCGUUGGUUUUAGCGCGUCACGCCGUGACCCUGCAUCCGGAAAAUGAAGAGUAUCUUAUGAUUUCAUCUAGGAAGGGCGUCCAUUUUCUCCUUCAACUCUGGGAGCUUGGAAAGGAGCAGGUGGAGAAGGUGUGGUUUCAGAGUGCUGCUCAGUUCAGUGAGAGAAAGUGAGAAAUAUGUGAGGAAUGCCAUUCACAGAUUUCUACGCACAAUAGGGUGAUUCCACUGAGCAUGUUGUCCAAAUCGGCCAUAAUUUUCUUGAGUUAAAAGCAAUACAUUGUAUUUUCACUGGAAAAAAUACGAUACAUUGCACUCCUGAUAUUAAGACAUAUUGAAGUAGGAAUACUACACAGUCCUUUCAGGAUUUUGGGAUGUUGUGAUUGCAACUAUUAACACAAAUUCAACAACUUCCCUUGAAUUCAGCGCGACUUGCAAUUUUGACCAAUCACUGCAAAUUUGACCUAUCAUCGCCAUUUCCUGUAAAACGUUGUCAUAUACCAGCAUACUCACUUCCUCCGUCGGUUAUAUCUACCGUGUCCACUCUAGCAUAAGCAUUGCAACAGGCAGAGUAGUGUGGUAGGGGGUGUGGGUGCACAAAUGGUACAGUGGGAAAAACUUUCUGUUCAUAAGACAUAAGUUCAUAAGAUGUUACAUAGUGGAACAAAUGAACAUAAUUUGCUGUUGGUCACAGUUGGGAAGGUUCAUGUUGCAUGAAGGAUCUUGUGCCUUGAUACGUAAGGAUACAGACCUGUGGAAGGUUUGAGUCCUCAUGGGAUACAUGGGUGCCUUGUUUCAAAUUUCCCUUUCUGCUGUAUGUUUGUUAUGGUAAUGAGACAUGUCUCAUCACCAUAGGGAUAAGGAGACCUGAGCUACUGUACAAUACAAACGCAAAUUGUACCUGGUUUGUCAAGCAAAAAGAUUAAAUUAAUGCUCAGGUCACAUAUCAGCGAGAUUGCAAAACUAUCUUAUAUGGAUUGUUGUACAACCAUUUUAUAGUUUAUACUUUUCCAAUUAUCUCAAUAAAAAAGGACAUCUCCUUAAAGAGA